AUGUCCAAAUCACUCCUGAGACCCACGCCCACCGGCUUCCACGGGUUUGUGCCAGGCAUGAAGGUGCAACCCCUAGGACAAAUCUACCUGGAAGUGAUCUUGGGAGCUGAGGAAAACUUAUGCUGGGAGACAAUGUGCUUUGAGAUGUCAGGACUAAAUGGCAUCAUCACCAUACACGAUAGUGCCGAGAGGGCGCUCGAAGUGGAGGUCACCAAUGUAGAGCUUGCAGAGGCCGCACUAGCUUCCGUGGAACUCGAGAAGAUCAAGAGGUCCUUCGACCCAUCCAUCACAACACUGUCCCGCAAGACCAACUCUGGACCGGCUUUCCAACCGGUUAAAGAGACAAGAAAUUCCAAGUGCAGCCAGAAGACAUGA